CACACAUUACAUAACCGUCGGCUCCGGGGUAGAAAUCUGCCGAGCGUCUCGUUUCGGCGCGUUGUCAGAUAUUUGAUUGGUCUGUUAUGAAGUUACAGGGCGGGACCUGCCGUUGACUGCACCUUGACUGGACCUGCGCGUGAGAGCGUGUUGUGCGCGUAUGCGCGCGCGCGCGCGCUCUGCCAAGUGCGCAGAAGACGCGGGGGCGUUUCGGGUAGGCUGCACAAACGUGUGUGUGUCUGCAAACGGCAGGGUUGUGUGUUAUAACCGGACCCACUAACGCUGCACAGUGUUCGUUUAUCCCACAUUUGGUGAUGGAGGACUCCAUCGAGGUCAUUCUGCAGGACCAGGUCCUUCCCAGCAGCAGACCCCACCCCGUGUUCUCAGCCUGCACUGGGGCUCUGCUCGCGGGCUUGUACGGAGUCUGGAGCCUCUUUGUGCUGCCUGGCUUUCGCAAAAUCCCAUGGAAGUUGAAGGUUCCUUAUUUGCCCUCCAGCAAAGAGCAGACCCUGAAUGCCAUGAAGCUGCUCGAGGGACGCACGGGCCGCUUAGCAGAUCUGGGAUCAGGUGAUGGAAGACUGGUGUUCGCGGCCUCGUCCGCUGGGUUCCAGUGCACGGGCUUCGAGAUCAACUCCAUCCUGGUGGCGCUGGCCAGGAGCAGGGCCCGCUGGACCGGAGUGCCGUCCACCCGGGCGGCCUUUGUCAAGAGUGACUUCUGGAAGACGGAUUUGUCGGCGUACAACAACGUGACGGCCUUCCUCGCUCCAGGCGUGAUGGAGGCGCUCGCUGAGAAGCUGCUCGCGGAGCUCCCCGACGGCGCGCGCGUCGUCGCCUGCCGCUUCCCGUUCCCGCGCUGGCCGCAUCAGGCGUCCGCCGGCGCCGGUCUCGACCAGACGUUCGCGUAUGACAUCGGCGCCGUGCGAUCGCACCUGAGGCGUGUGCCAAGCGCAGCAUGUUAAGGCGCGGCUUUGGGUUGUUUCAUCCCCCACGGGUGUCGUCCACGGCAUCACUGGAGAUAAGGGAUCAUUAAAGCAGUGGGGACAACACUGGUUUUAGUUGUAGUCACUGGUGAAGAGGUUUUUUCACUUCUCUGCACUGCCAAUGAACCGAAUGUUGACUGGAUGUGGGAGCUCUUAAAAGCUUUGACCCACUUUGAUUUAGUGGAAAUCUAGUUGAGUUAUGUUGCUUGAUAUUUUUUGUUUGUUCAAAAUAAGAAUAAAAUGUACGUUUUUGCACUGCUCAAGGCCACUCACCCACCCAGUGUGUGCUGGAGCAGCCAGUCAGCGUUAGGCCCACAGGCUUUUUAUGGAGGAUGAUGAUGGUCUGUGCCACCUGAGCCUGUAACUGGGUGGAGAGGUGGGAACUUAAGUCCGACAACCUUUUUGUCUGUGAUCCAAAUGUUUAGCUUUAAAUUCCUGUAAAGGCUUUGUAGUUUUUAUUUAGAAAUUAUAUUUUCUUUAGCAUUAAAUCUAGCAUUAAUAAAGCUGUUAUAAUUUUCAUAAAGAAACUACAAAUGA